UUGGUAACGCUAAUUGUCGCGCUCAAUACGCACCCUUCGUGGUGUGUGGCGCCAUUGGUCCAGCCAGACCUUGACAGCUCUCCCCUAAGAGAACUUGACUGCGCGCCAAUAUGUCCGACGCGUCUUUAGCCAUGGACAAUGAAGCCAUGUCCUUCUCUAGUACGAGCACCGUACGAAGCCAUAUCUUAUCUACUCACCAAGAUGAGAGCCCUUGCCGCCUUCCUCUACGUCUCUCGGAUUACUUCGCUUCCCCGGCGUCCUCUCUUUUUGACAAGAGCUCUGCGGACAUGUCCUGCCUCUCCUACCCCAGGGAGCCGCAUGAACCACGUCCUCGGUCCGUGGCAAGGAGGAUCAGGUUCUCUCACUCAACCAGCACCCCGCUUCGCCUCUUUGAUAAUUACGUAUCUCCAUCACCGUCCACUUCAGACAGCUACGCUCGGACCAUGUCCUGCGUCCCCUACUCCAGGCCAAGGCAGUCCAAGGAGAUGCGUCGCCGAGCCGCGAUAAGGAGAAUCAAGUUUCCCAACUAUGAGAGCACGCCCAG